AUGAGAAAGAAUGAGUAUGAUCUAUUUGUAGAUGAUCAGAUCUCAUCCAAAAAAUAUUAAGUAACUCUAAAAUGCAAAUAUUACACAAAAGUUUCACAACUAAAAAAGUAUUUACAUAAAUUCAUCAAAUAAAAUUUCGACAUUAUCCAUAAUGAUAUAACUCUUGUAGAAUCAAUGAUUGUAGAUUAGAUAUUCUCUCUACAUUGCUAAAAUAUCAUAACAAUUUGUAGGAAAAUAGAUCCAAUGAUUGAAAUUUUAGUAAAUCAUAAAAUCUAGUAUAAAAACUAGCUAAAAUAGUAAAUUAUUUAGAAUGAACUACUACCACAGGAGGAGUGUGCUAAAACAGAAAAUAUGUAAAGUGAAUUAGAUACAUCAUCAACAACUAUUUCAAGAAAAUGCGUAGCAUGUGAGAUCUAAAAUAAAAUGA